CGUUGGCUACGAUGCCGAACAUCAAAAUCUUCAGCGGCAGCUCCCACCAGGACUUAUCCCAGAAAAUUGCCGACCGCCUGGGCCUGGAGCUGGGCAAGGUGGUGACUAAGAAAUUCAGCAACCAGGAGACCUGCGUGGAAAUUGGCGAGAGCGUGCGUGGGAAGGACGUCUACAUCGUUCAGAGUGGUUGUGGUGAAAUCAACGACAGCCUGAUGGAGCUUCUGAUCAUGAUCCAUGCCUGCAAGAUUGCUUCGGCAAGCCGGGUGUCCGCCGUCAUGCCGUGCUUCCCGUACGCCCGGCAGGAUAGGAAGGACAAGAGCCGGGCGCCAAUCUCCGCCAAGCUUGUUGCAAAUAUGCUGUCUACAGCAGGCGCGGAUCACAUCAUCACGAUGGAUCUACACGCUUCUCAGAUUCAGGGCUUUUUUGAUAUCCCAGUAGACAAUUUGUGUGCAGAGCCAGUGGUCUUGAGGUGGAUACAAGAGAACAUCUCUGAGUGGAGGGACUGCACCGUCGUCUCACCCGACGCUGGUGGAGCUAAGAGAGUGACCUCCAUUGCGGACUAUUUGAAUGUGGACUUUGCCUUGAUUCACAAAGAACGGAAGCAGGCCAAUGAAGUGGACCGCAUGGUGCUAGUGGGAGAUGUGAAGGAUCGGGUGGCCAUCCUUGUGGAUGACAUGGCUGACACUUGUGGUACCCUCUGCCUCGCAGCCGACAAACUUCUCUCAGCUGGAGCCACCAGAGUUUAUGCGAUCUUGACUCACGGGAUCUUUUCUGGACCUGCCGUUUCUCGCAUCAAUAGCGCAUGCUUUGAAGCAGUAGUAGUCACCAAUACCAUACCUCAAGAGGACAAGAUGAAGGACUGCUCCAAAAUACGGGUGAUCGACAUCUCCAUGAUCCUUGCAGAAGCCAUCCGGAGAACUCACAAUGGAGAGUCUGUUACCUACCUGUUCAGCCACGUUCCUUUAUAAUAGAAUAACUUGCA